CGGAUAGGGCGACUGCCCAGUGAUGCCCGAUCCUGCUCAGCACCACCAGCCCCUUCUCGUAGCGUCCAUUUGCGCUGAUUCUCAGACGUCACAUUCAAGCGCGGCGGCCGCUCAGACUUCUGGGAAAUGAAGUCCGGGCGAAGGCAGCGCAUUGAUUGGAAGCACGAACGCCAGAGCCAUUUGCGCAGGCGCACUGCUUUCCGGACCUGAAACGGCGAAGUCUUCCUGGGUCUCGAGCACUCUGUUCCGGAGAUCUCGUACUUUCAGGUCGGAAGUUUGGAGUCUUCCUCUGCUCCUCCGGUUCCUUCUAGUCGGUGCUUAAUGAACGUGGGUGGAACUGACACCAGAUCUAGGGUGCCGCCCACUCCGGUCUCUCCCGGUUUCCCAGAAAGCGUCUCAGAUUGCCUCAUUUAACUUCCAGCUCUGGACUUCCGCUCUAGUGCCGGGGAGAGGGCUUCGUGGAGGAGGUAGGAUUUGAUGUAAAAUGCCACGAAAGAAGUAGCAAAACGUCAGGCAGAUUCGAGGAGGAGAUCAUUUUUAUUGGGCCGUAUGAAUAGGAGGAGACGAGGAUGAAGAAAAGUACACUGGGGCCAGGGCACGGAGGGUCAGGAAAAGACCCAGCAGAGUGAACGGAUAAACUCCCAGGAGAGAAUUGCUGAGUCAAAGUUCUUGAUAGAAGUUGCGAUGAUCUUUCUAAAGUACCCAUCUGUUGAUGACAUUUAAGUGCUUACAUCCUUCAGUGCUCCCCAUGCCUGUGGACAAGGUGCCAUCCCGAGCUCUCCCAGAUGUAGCUGGCCUCUGCCUCCUGCUCCAGCCUUACAUUCCCCAUUGUACUGCUUAUAGCCUAGACUUCCACUGGCUAUCGCUUCUGGAAGACGAGGAUAGCAUCGUAACGGUUUUUGUGCUUGGUGUAAAUAGUUGGUGCUGAGUAAGUGCCGGUCGACCAGAUGGAUGAAUGAAUCACAAGGAGCAGUGACCAUACUCCCUGGACUGUCACAGAGUGGUCAAGGACUCUGCCCUUUUCUGCAAGAAGAGCACAUAGGAGGGAAUGGCUGCUCUGUAUCCAACUGCCAUAUGCCAGGAAUCUGUGACCUUCGAGGAUGUGGCCGUGGUCUUCACAGACGAAGAAUGGAACCAUCUGGUCCCAAUUCAGAAAGACCUCUACAGAGAGGUGAUGCUGGAGACCUACAGCAGCAUCGCCUCACUGGGACUUCCAGUUCCUCAACUUGAGGUCAUUUUUCACUUGAAGAGAGAGGACGAGUCAUGGAUGGUCGAUCCGCAUGGACCUGAGGAGGGAGAAUACCCAGAAAGUGUCGCUCUAGAGUGGGAAAUCAAGUCUGAGAUUCAAGAUACUUUUGAAGAAGAAAAACCAGAAGAACUGUGGAGGGAAAUAUUUAUAAAGCAGAGUCCUCUGGGUGACAGCUUUCAAGGUCAUGACCCCGAGGCUGGGUUGGAAACAGACAAGCAAAGCCCUGCAGUGGAGACUUGGAAGCAGUCCCUGUACCUGGAGAAGACCUUGAGGCGAGUGUCAACCAUACCCAAGAGAAUUCACGUUAAGAAAGAUCGUGACUGCAAGGACUGCGGGAAGACCUUUUAUGACCACUCAUCCCUCAUCCGCCAUCGGAGGACUCACACCGGGGAGAAGCCCUUUUGCUGUCCCGAGUGUGGGAAGGCCUUCAGUCACAGGAGCAGCCUGAGCAGGCACGUGAUGAUCCACACCGGGCAGAGCCCCUAUGAGUGCAACCUGUGUGGGAAAAUCUUCUUUGAUCGCUCGUCCCUGAUCGUGCACCAGCGAAUGCAUACCGGAGAGAAGCCCUUCAAGUGCAACGAGUGCACGAAGGCCUUCUUCCCCCGCUCUUCGCUCACUCGCCACCUGCGAAUUCACAGCGGAGAAAGUCCUUACACGUGCCAGCAGUGCGGGAAAGCCUUCAGCCAGAAGAGCAUUCUUACUCGCCAUCUGCUGAUCCAUACCGGCAGGAAGCCUUACGAGUGUACCGAGUGUGGCAAAGCCUUCUACGGCGUCUCGUCGCUGAACAGACAUCGAAAAGCUCACGCUGGGGAGCCUCGCUACCGGUGUAUUCAGUGCGGCAAAGCGUUCUUUGACCGCUCGUCCAUGACACAGCAUCAGAAAAUCCACACUGGAGACAAGCCAUAUGAGUGCAACGAGUGCGGGAAGUCCUUCAGCCAGAGAUGCCGGCUCGUGCGGCACCUGAGAGUUCACACGGGCGAGAAGCCCUUUGAGUGCAGCGCCUGCGGGAAGGUCUUCAGUUCAAAAUCCUCCGUUGUUCAGCAUCAGCGCCGUUAUGCCAAACAGGCCUUUGAUUGAGUUGGAUAAAAGUCGGGUCAGACAGAUGACUCCAUAGAAACUUAAGAUAGGCCUUCCCUGUCUUAACAAGCCCAUCACUCGCUCCUUCCUCCCAUCAUGGCUACUGUUCCCCGGUCCUGCCUCUGCUCCACGGUGUUGAUGAACAUUAUUCCUCCUGUGUUUUAGAACUGAUGUGGGAUGCCAGAAGUUAGGAAAUGAUGUGAAGAUUGAGAAUCUCGGAGAGGUGUGUCAGACAAUAGGGUAACUGUGAGGAGAGCCUCCAGCACGCCUGUCGUCUGAGAAUGCAGCCCCAGCGUCACUGCACUUGAAAGAGCUGGAGGCUACGGCAGGAGGGCAAAGGCAAGUUUGCCUUUAUCAGAGCAGCACUGUUGUUUUCCAGAACAGUUUUUAUAGCUGUUAGUCCCUCCCUGGGAGGCUUCUGGGGCACUGACCUUGAUCCCCCGUGUCCCAGCUGUUAGGUCUCUUAAUACUAAUACUACUAAUAGCACUUAUUGAGCACUUAUGGGGUAAACACUCAACUGAAAAUGUUACAAGGAAUAGAUGAAUUGAUUCUUUCACCACCACUGUGAAGUAGGUACUGUUACUAUCUGCAUUUUACAGAUGAGCAUGCUGAAGUUUAGAGAGCUGAGUAACUGGCCCGAGGUGACACAGCUAGUGAAAGUUGAAGCCAGAGCUUAGAUACAGGUCUGCCUUCCAAGUCCGCUCUCUUUACUACUGUCUCUAAGACUUGUCUGUUUUCUCAUUUAUGUACACAGGCCUAGAUAGAAUGCACUUGGGGGUGUGACUCGUAGAUCUUUUUAUCUCACACAGUGCCUUGCAGGUGAUAGGUGCUCAAUAACUAUUUAUCUGAAUGACAUAGUUCCUGCUUUCUCAUCAUUGAAGAGAGAGAGGCUGGCCUGGCCCCAAAGUGCAGUGGUUAAAUGCUGUGCUUGGAAAGUCAUAUUCCACAUAGCCGAC